UCUGACCGGCUCCCGCCGCCGUCGCCUCGGGGGCUCAAAGCGCCGGCUCCCUCAGCUUGAGGGGCGCGCCCCGGCCCAGCUUCUGUCCGCCUGGCGUCGGCUUGCUCCCGCGGAACGCGCAGGCCGGCCCGCUAACUCUCAGGCCGCCGCUCCGGCCGCUGCUCGGGCUCCUCCGGCUCGCGCUCCUCUGAGAAACCCACAAGCCCGGCAGCCGCGGCGCUGGCGGCGGCGGCAGGCGGCAUCCCAGGGUGAUAGGCCGAAGCAAUCGAGUGCCGAGCUCACGGCCGCGUGUGCAAUCCAGUAACCGAGCGGAGGAGGAACUGCCGCCGAAGACAGCAAAAAUCGGGCACCGAAAUACUCAGCGGGCCAGGCCCGCCUACUUUCCUAAGACUAUCCUGCUCCGACCGCCUCUCGGUGCGGGGAUCCUCGAGCUGCUGGUGGAAGCAGAGACGGUGUUGGGGAGGCGGAGAGAAAACGGGGUGCGGGAAAUUUAAAAAGAUGGGAAAGGCGCUUCCCUUUUAUCUUAGCCCCUAUCCUGUUGAUUUCUGGACCAAUGCUUCUUUCUCGGACGAAGAACAUGAAGACGCUGCUUUAUCUAACAGUCACCUCGGAGGAAACGCCAUGGUUCUUCCACAAGGGAGAUCUGGCCCGGCGUCUUGGAUCCUGAGAUCUGUGCGAGAUCCCGGCUUUGCGCCCUGUCCGCCCUGGAGCUGGAUUUAUCAUCAGUUUAGAAUAGCAUGGCUACGAUGUGCGGUGCAGAUGGAUGGACGAGCCCCGCAAGUGCAGACAGGACAGUCCACAUCACCUGCCAAAGCAGCCAGCAAUGCAACAGCUCUCCAAGAUCAGGCCUAGGUCGAUCACUGACCUGGCUAAAAGUACCAAGAAGGUCUGGAUCAUUGUGGUGCCUCUCUCCAGAAAAUGGUGACAAAAAUUGAAAUCAACCAGCACACCAGGAUCCUCUGUGGCAAGACCAAGAUAAUAAUGGGGGCCACUGUCAUCUGGCACUGUUGCCGUGAAGGAAGUGGUUCCUUCACGGCAACAGUGGCUGGUGGGUCCUGGAUUUACAACAUCACUUCUGCUGUCACAGUCAAACCGGCCAUCAGGAGACUGAAGGAAAUGAAAGACCAGUAGAAGUGCUACCGUUUGAGCAGCCCUGGCCUGCAAUAAAUGAGUUCAUUUCCUAUGACAAAUUGUAAUAAAGUGUUGGUUGAGUAA